CCAAAAUGAAGUUUAAUCCGUUUGUGACCUCAGACCGCAGCAAGAACCGCAAACGACACUUCAAUGCACCUUCUCACAUUAGAAGAAAAAUAAUGUCCUCCCCGCUCUCCAAGGAGUUGCGGCAGAAAUACAAUGUCCGCUCUAUGCCCAUUCGAAAGGAUGAUGAAGUCCAGGUGGUCCGGGGACACUACAAAGGACAGCAGAUCGGCAAGGUGGUCCAGGUGUACAGAAAAAAAUAUGUCAUCUACAUUGAACGUGUUCAGCGUGAGAAGGCUAAUGGCACAACUGUCCACGUGGGGAUCCAUCCCAGCAAGGUGGUGAUCACUAGGCUAAAACUGGACAAAGAUCGUAAAAAGAUCUUGGAGCGUAAAGCAAAAUCUCGACAGGUUGGCAAGGAGAAGGGCAAAUACAAGGAAGAAACAAUCGAAAAGAUGCAAGAAUAGAUGUUUUCCUAUCUGACACCAUUAAAGAACUGCUAAAAUUAAAC